GCCAAUCCAAAGUUCACCUCUAUUAUGCUCUGUUUUGUUUACAUCACUCGCAUUGAAAUUUCUUUACACAAGGCGAAUUGUUUACGCGGAAAUGUUGUGCUCUGAAGUGAUAAAACGUCAGCUACUGCAGCUGACAAGGCGGCAAAUGAGCAGCAGUAGUAAUAGGGUCGCUCCCAUUGGCAACGUGCUCACCAAUGACGACUUCACGCUGCUCCUGGCGGAUGAGCAGCGUCAGAAAUGCAUGGAUAAAUUGCGCAAUUUACCCACCUUCGAGCGAACCAGAACGAUGGCGCACAAUAAACGCGAGAAACGCUCAGCUGCUGUGUUUAUAGCGCUGUGCGUGGAGCGGGACACCAAUGCUAUAUCGCUGCUGUACACCCGCCGAUCUCGGCACUUGCGUAGCCACAGCUUGCAGAUAUCAUUUCCUGGCGGCAAACGAGACGACGAUGAUGCCAGCUUCCUUGAUUGUGCCUUGCGAGAGACUGAGGAGGAAAUUGGUCUUCCACGAGAUCGUGUGCAAACUUGGGGCGAAUCCAAUCCAAUCCUGUUGCCACGUACUUCCGCCAUUGUGCCGGUGAUAGGCGUGGUGAAGGACUUUCAUGUCUCCGAGCUCAAAUUGAACUGCGACGAGGUUGAGGAGGUCAUCAGCAUACCGCUUAAAUCACUGCUAUUGCCAUCAGCUACGCGUCACACGCAGUUCAGGAGCGGCUACAGCGGACCCGUCUUUGUUGUCGACCAGCAUCGCAUCUGGGGCAUAACCGGCUAUUUAACCUACGUAUUUCUUCGCUGCCUGCUGCCCAGCCACAUGAUGUGCGAGGCCCUUAAGACGAGUAUCAAAUUCAUCAGACCCUACAAGAUUCCACCAAAGCUAAUACAUCAUCAUGUUGAGCCAAAGCUAAACGACAAGACAGUGGCUUAAGAAACGGAAUAGUAAUUGACCAAAUACUCGUACUGCAGUCAAACUCAGGCUUACAUUUUACUCAUGUGUUCUAUUCAUUUAAGAUGUUCAAGUUUACUCUCAGUUGUACAUAAAUUCGUUUUGUUUUUAUGAAUAAAAAUCCAUGUUGACCUAUCUAUAAGCUGAAGCGGUUUCUGUCACAAACUGUCCUAAUAAUUCCAAAGAUAUUUGAAUUUUUAGACGCUUCAUAAGAUGGAUAAAUAAAAUUUGUUGUUUACCUACAAAUA